GCAGCUCCUGGAAGUCCUCUUCCAGAACUGGCCCAUGCCCCGGAAGCAGUUGUUGGUUGGGCGCUUUGCGCGUCACGGAGACCCCAGGGGUGCGGUCGCCAUGUUCCUUUCGGUGGUCUCCUUUGCCAAGAGCAAGUCAAAAACCCUUCUGGUGAAAAUGGUCAGCCAAGCUGGGACAGGUUUCUCCUUCAACGCCAAGAGAAGCCGACUCCGGGAGAAACUGACUCUUUUGCAUUACGAUCCACUUGCUUUGGAAAAAGACACCAUGGAGGUGACACAUUAAAGAAUCAGUAUCCAGGGGAAUCAACAGCUCAUGACAGCAGAUAAGCAGGCAGAGGUCCUUUCUCGACUGCAAACAUGAAGGGAGUGGAGCAUGACGGGAAACCAACUCUUUUCUCCCCUGGCUUUUGCUGUUGUGAUUAAGAAUGGAACCAGUGAAAAAGUUCAAAUUCAGAUGCCAUUGAUAAACAUGUAACAUUUUAUGGGGAAAAAAAUCCCAGUGGAAAAGAAAAAAAUGAAAUACAUUAAUACUUAGGCUGGGAGAAAGUCAAUCUUUCAUGUCACAGCAGGGAAAAAAGAGGCGGAGGAAUGCCUAAAUAUUGGUUCUAUUUUAAUUUCAACUCUACAUUACAUUAAACUCUCCUUGUACUCCUCUUUAAUUUACAGCAAAUGCUGACACAAAUUGGUGUGCCUUUUCUUCUUUGACAUCAGUAUUCCUCUUGAAUUAUGUAUUUCUAUCCAGAAUGAGGUUUAUGGGGCUAAAGUAUUCUUUCAUUUAGAUAGAUGAGAACAGAGAAGGAUCAAUGGGAGGUCAAGUGUAAAAUCAAAGUAAGGUGGGGCUGAGGUAUGUUCAGGGCACCAUUUCACUGCCCACAGAGACUGUAAGUGGUAUUAAAAAUGACAGUGGCCUUUCCAUUUUCAAUAUAUUGAUUAAAUUUCAACCACUGUACAACAAGAAAAACUCUGCCAACUUCAUCCCAGAGCUUCCAGAUUCUCAUGUAUUAGUGCCCUACUAAUAUUUAUAACCAUUUGCAAGAGUACAGGUAAUCACAAUAAUCGCCCCACUGGGAUUUAAUCUAAAAUUAAAACAAAGACAAAAAACUUCCUAUUAGAUGCAGUGUGUUUGGCCACCUCACACUUCACACAUGGGGCACGUGGCUGUGGUGUUGACUGCAUCAGAGAUCUGGCCCCACUGUUGGUGAAAUGGCUCCUGUUCCAAGUUAGCCAAUGGUUCAUACUGACAGAGGCCAUUUGCUGGCUCCAUCUGGGCCUGCCUAUGUCCACUCAGGUCCACUCUCAGCUUCAUCAGCUGGUGAUGGCCUCUGAGCUGGUCAGUCACACCAGCACUGAUGUAGAGUGUUGUGAUGAAGCUGUUUUGAGCUAACACUUGCAUCCUAAUGACUUCAUAAAAAGGCAGACACACUGUCUCCUAUCACUGAAUGAUAUGCAAAGCAGACAUGCCUGAGUCAACUCCUUUCUUCAUUUCCCCUCAGCCAAGCCUGGGUUCCCCACUGUAAGCCAUCCUCGGUUAUCUCUGAGAAUCCUCCCUCCAUUUAAAAAUCCCACCCAUCACCCACUCUAUUCCAGGAAUAGGAACUGAGGAAAAGCUGUUUACAUGCUGCCUGAUAAUUUUAAAAAGGAGCAUUUCAUGUUUUACUUACAAUUAUAUUAACAAUGUAAAACCUCCCUGUCAAUAUGGUAUAUUAAAGCUGAAACUGGCUAUGCCCAGCAACAGUGUCAUGAUGUCACUUCCUCACUGGUUCAGUCCUAGUUGGGCCAGUGGUUGGCCAGCUCAAAGAACAUACGUGGGACACUGUCAACCUGGAGUGAGUAGGCCACACGUACUCUGCCUCCUCAGGUUCCCAGGCAGGGCCCGAAUGGCAGUGCUGGCAGGCGCUGCCGUCAGUCACAGCCCUUUCUCUCUGCUAUACGGCUAGCCACAGAGGAAGAUGGCUCCUCAAGACUGAAAACUGUCUCAAACCCCCAUUCUGCCCAAAAUGUCUGUGGUGGAUUAUUUUAUUCUAUAAUUAAUGAAAGAGAAAUGGAAUCUUGAGUACGAGCUAAAAAUGGAAUAAAAAGGGCCCAUUCUUCAGGCAACAUUAAUGAAAGCUUUGUAUAUAAAUAACUUAACAUAUCGGUGAAUAAAUGGCACUUAAAACUAAAA